AUGAUUGGUUAUACUCAACCCAUGGAACAUGUAGCAGAGAUCUUUAGCCCAGCAUUGAUUACCCUUUGUAUGCAAUACAGAAACUAUCGAUUAGAACUUCCAGAACAAAGCUUUGAUCCAACAUUCUUGGUCACACUUGCUGGAGGAUCAACAAAAUUAUGUUCACUGGGUGUCGCUGCCCUCUCCCAUCUCUUUGCAGGAAACUUCUUGUUCGGAAAUCAUCUGGUGGCCUUUGACGGACUAGCCGAGGAGGAGAGAAUGAAACGACAGGUUGAUGAGCAGCAGAAGGAGUUGCAUCAGCAAGAGCCCGCUCAUCUGCCGGUCCAGUAUUGUCCCUUUGGACAUGGAACCACAGUCCAUCCUUUGGUGCGCCUGACCCUGACAGUCAUCAAAAUGAAAUUCUAA